GGGUAAAGUUCUGCACUGCAACACUGAGCAAAGAGUCAACCACAUCUACCUGGCCAAGAGACUCCAAGACAGCAAACAUGAGAAUGAUUAGCACCUGGGUGAGGGAGGCGUUGGUGUUGGUGGCGGUGUUGGUGUUGGCAGCCAAAGAUGUGGCAGCAUACCCCGAUCCUCAGCGUCCCUAUGGCUAUCAGCCACAGGUAUGCACGACGUACUAUAAAACGCAGACCGUGGCAGUCCCCAAGUACAUCACGCAGACCAGCUACCAGACCAGUUACCAGACCCAGUACCAAACGCAGUAUGUCACCCAGACGCAGAUACAGCCAACCUAUGUCACGGAGACAGUAGCUCAGUACGUCACCAAGAAGGAGCCUGUCGUGAGUUACGUCACCAAGACAGUAGCCAGCUAUAUCACCAAGACCGUAAAGGACACCCAAUACAUCACUAGGCCCUGCCAACAGACUUCUGGAGGCUAUGGUAGUAGCAGCAAUGGUGGUAGCGGGGGUUAUGGUACCAGUGGUAAUUACGGUGCUGGUAAUAUUGACGUGAGGGUUAGAAACACGGGUGGUUCCUCAGAUGACUGGGUUUGGCCUGCCUAACGCAAAAGUUCUGUGAUACCGCCCGUUCUGCCUCACAUGUGGCACGCAACUCUGCCAACCUCCAGCCUCCCGCCGCGCCCGGAGGGGAAGGGGAGUAUUGUAGUGGGUUCCUCCCCU